AUGGAAGCUGAACAAAGCGAACUUGACCGCACCACUAAUGCAAUUGGAAAAUAUUUACUGGGCGGUUGGGUGAUGACUGAUGAAACUUGCCUAACUCCUAACUGUAAUGUUCCGUUGAUGCGUUCAAAGGAUAGCACCAAGUGGUUCUGUGUUGUAUGUGAUGUUGACCCUACUAAUGCAAACCAAAAACCUUCAGUUAGUCGGAAUUCCUCAUACACCAUGAGUCAAGACAUUCCCCCAAAUACAGCGAAAAUCAAUACAUGUGAUGCUUUAAAUCCAAUUGAUGAAAAUCAAGCUCGACAACAGCAAUCACAGCUUGCUUCUCAUCUAAUUGGACAGCAUUUAUUGCAGGGAUGGGCAUUAAUCGACGAAAUCUGUCCAUUGAAUACAUGUUAUGGGGUGCCACUAGUUCGCGGUCGCGAUAAAAAAAAGUAUUGUGUCAUAUGCAAAAAUUAUUUCUUAUCCGAAUCGGAACUAGGUGAAUCAGGAAACUUUAAUAGAAUCAGAACAAAUGGAAUUGGCUCAUCAUCGCAAACAUUUGUAAAUGGUAAAUCAAAGCAAGAAAAAAAGCAUGACUUGGAAGAAGAAGAUAUACAAUAUAGUCCUUCUAAACGGAACAAAAUUGAUUGUGAAGCACAAUCAUCUCAACUUGAGAAAGAAGCAGAGCGAGUAACAUUACUUUCAUCUCAACAAAAUACUUCAAAUCAAAGAAUUAGCUCCACAAUCUCCACUGCCGGUUCAUUAGAGACCAGCAGCAAUAUUAACCUUUCUACUUCUAUUAUUUCUGUUGAGAAGAGAACAAUCAUCACAAUGAGAGAAACACUUGAACAAUUGCGUAUCAAGUUAGCAUCAAGUAAUGAGCCAAAAGAAAUCAUGGAGAUAUGUGACAGCAUCAAAAGCUGUGCUCAGGCUUUAGAUGUGUUGAGCAG